CCUACGGCGAUUUUGGCUUUGUCCUCGCUGCGCGCCCAUAGUGCUCCAUUGCGAGCUCGCCACUGCACAGGACACUUACAAGUGCUGCGCGGUUGACCGGUGCUGCAAAUCCGCCGUCGCCGACGCAACACUCGCAUCGCUGAGCUACCCAGCUAACACCAGCAAAAUGGAGGCCACGCCCGAGGACUACCUCGUGAACCAGCAGAUCAAGGACUUUGUGUUUGAUUUGCACGACGCGUCGAGACGCUCGCACAUCGCGGAGGACCUCAAGCGGCUCUACAACCUCGAAUUCAAGGACCUGAGCGACAAGUACUGCGACAAGGCGCCCUGGCCCUCGGCGCCCGCCGUUUCUUCUCAAUGUAUCGGGAAUGACGGCCAGCCCGACGCCUACUUCCUAUGUGUGUACAAGGAGCUCGUGUAUAGACACAUGUUCGCGAAGCUCAAGACGAGCUUGGACGACAAAUUAAACGCGUGGAACAACUACUGCGAAUUAUUCGAGUUUGUCUUAGCGAGCGAGGACGCGUCGCUCGAACUGACGGCGCAGUGGGUGUUUGACGUCUUGCACGAAUUUGUGUACCAGUUCCAGUCGUUUUGCCAGUUCCGCUGCCAGAACGCGGGACGGAAUUCGGAGGAACGCAUGAAGCUCGAGGCCGCGGGCGACGCCUGGGCCGCGCCGACCGUGCUCAGAUAUCUCGCUAGGUUAAGGGGCUGUGCUCCUACGGGGGGCAUGGCGGCUAAAGCACAGGCUAGAUCUCCCUUACACUUCUACUACGCGACGUUUGCUUCUGUCUGCUUGUCGAGAGCGGAGUGUUUACUGGGAGACUACGAAGCGAGUGUCCAAGCGUUGGACGGCAUCGACGUCUUCGACGAAGCCAGUGAAGUCUCGAGGAUCUUCGGGUGUCGGCUAAAUAUGUUGUACCACCUGGGCUACGCCCUCAUGAUGCUCCGGAGAUAUAGGGACGCUCUCAGAACGUUUGAUCCGGUCCUAGCGCAGCUCGCGAGAGCGGCCAAACACGGCGGCUUCAAGGCGUUUCCUGAUGAGAACCAGGUCCAGAAGUCCUACGAUCGCAUGCUCGCUCUCUACGCGUGUUGUCUGGCGCUGGCGCCGGGUCAUGUGGUCGACGACGGCGUCAUGUAUGGUAUAAGGGACAAGUACGGGGACAAGUAUCGGAUGCUCGAGAGAAAUGAUCAACCUACUUUCGAGGCCAUGCUCGCGUAUGCCUCCCCCAAGCACAUCGUGCCGUCGAUACCCGAUUAUAAUCAACCUUUGAACGCUUCCAAGGACGCCUUCCAUCAACAACUCAGAUUAUUUAAUGGCGAAGUCGCGUUUCACGCUAGGGUGGCGGAGUUGCGGUCGUACUUGAAAUUGUACUCCUCAAUUGGUAUUGAGAAACUGGCAGGAUUCCACGACGAAGAUGUUGCCGCGUUCCGUGCAAGACUAGUGGGAGCCAAGGCCAAGAUGCGCCAAGCUGAUUAUCGUAAAGUCGGUGCAGAGCUGUCCACCCCUCAAACGGCCCCCGAUUUGCACUUUUAUGUGGACGGCGACUUGAUACGCGUCGACGAGCCGCCGAAGAACGCGUCGCACGACACGUUCUUCACGCACGAGAUGCUCAAGUACGACACGUUCGUCGCGAAGGCAUUAACGCUGAAGCCGAAGCCGCCGGCGGACCCGCGCGCCGCCGCGUCGAAGAGCGAGGACCGGGACUAGAUUACUCGAGGGGCUUGGGUAAGAGGAGUCCUUCCAGUUAUUCGACCAAAAACCCGG